CCCCCUCAGCUCACAGUCUUUUCAAAUCUUCUCCCUUCCCGCCGGAAUAAUGCUGUCACUGGAUCUAUAUUUGACGGUUUUGGAAAAUGAAACGUGUCUAGUGGAUGGGAUUAAGGAGCUGAGGAGGCCGACGGUGUGAGAGAGCUGCGGUAAUUAGGCGGCGCCGCGCUGAACUCGGCUGUCCGUGUGUGAGGUCCGCCGGGCCGGUUCACUGCGCAGGUUUGGACCGCGCGCCAUUUUGUGAAAACUGACACAAAAUUCCCGACCAAAAAUUACCAGAGGACAGCGGCUUCCGUUUGGCGUUCUCAGCGGCUUCACAUGAGCAAAACCAGCGUGUGUGUCGAAGCGGCCGAGGGGCGUUUGGUAAAAUCCUGAAUUUGUCGUAACGUUUAUUUAGCGGUUGCUAAGAAUCGUUAGCUCGGGGUGGGGGGGGGCUAGCCGAGGAAGCUAACGGCAGCUAGCCACGGCAGGUAGCUAAUGUUAGCUGCGCUCAUUUUGUCAACCAGCUAGCCAUUUUUUUUUUUUUUUUUUUUUUGCUAAGGUUAGUGCUAGUUAAUGUUAGCAUGUUGCUAACCGUCAGCUGAUAGUAACGUUAAGGUUAAAGUGACCGUUGCAGUGCAUUAAAGCCGGUGCUAUGGAGAUAAUAUUAGAUCUAUUCGGCGAAUUAUUUUAGAGUUUGCCGGUCAGAAGGGGGGAAAAGGGAUUGGAUUUAGUCGCUAACCGCGCAGGGAGGGGAGAAUCAAGCUGGAUAAGUUUCCUCUUCAUACAGGUUAUUGGACUUUAAAUGAAGAUCGUGCCAUCAGAGGAGGAGAGACUUCAGCAUGCAAACCUUCGUCCGUACGGCUUGCGCCCUCUUUUUCUUUACACACUGCUGGUCUUCAGAUGGCUGCUCCAAUGCCCCAUACGCACCAGCAGUACAGUGACCGCCACCAGCCAAGCACUGACCAAUCUGUUACGGUCUUACCGUACAGCGACCAGACACCACAGCUCACUGCCAAUCAGAGGCACAUGCCCCAGUGCUUUCGUGACCCAACUUCAGCUCCCCUGAGGAAGCUCUCCAUUGACCUUAUCAAAACAUACAAACACAUCAAUGAGGUGUAUUAUGCAAAAAAGAAGAGGCGGCACCAGCAAGGUCAGGGUGAAGACUCCAGUCAUAAAAAAGAGAGGAAAGUCUUUAAUGAUGGCUAUGACGACGAUAACUAUGACUACAUCGUCAAGAAUGGGGAGAAGUGGAUGGACCGCUAUGAGAUUGAUUCCUUGAUAGGAAAGGGGUCAUUUGGACAGGUUGUGAAAGCAUAUGACCGUGCAGAGCAGGAAUGGGUCGCCAUUAAGAUCAUCAAGAACAAGAAGGCUUUUCUCAAUCAAGCCCAGAUUGAAGUUCGCCUCUUAGAGCUCAUGAACAAACAUGAUACCGAGAUGAAAUACUACAUCGUUCAUUUAAAGCGCCACUUCAUGUUUCGGAACCACCUCUGCCUUGUGUUUGAGAUGCUUUCAUAUAACCUGUACGACCUGCUUCGAAAUACCAACUUCCGUGGUGUAUCGCUCAACCUCACCCGGAAAUUUGCCCAGCAGCUAUGCACUGCGCUGCUCUUCCUGGCCACACCUGAGCUCAGCAUCAUCCACUGUGACCUGAAACCUGAGAACAUUCUGCUGUGUAACCCCAAGAGGAGUGCCAUCAAAAUCGUGGACUUUGGCAGCUCGUGCCAGUUAGGACAAAGGAUAUACCAAUAUAUCCAGAGUCGCUUCUACCGUUCCCCAGAGGUGCUGCUGGGAAUGCCCUAUGACCUGGCCAUCGACAUGUGGUCUUUGGGCUGCAUCUUGGUGGAAAUGCACACUGGAGAGCCUCUCUUCAGUGGAGCCAAUGAGGUGGACCAGAUGAACAAAAUAGUUGAGGUUCUUGGUAUUCCGCCUAAUCACAUAAUGGACCUAGCCCCCAAAGCCAGGAAGUUCUUUGAGAAGCUUUCUGAUGGUACAUGGAGUGUUAAGAAGACCAAAGAUGGCAAAAGGUAUAAGCCUCCAGCCUCACGGAAGCUUCACUCAAUCCUGGGUGUGGAGACGGGGGGUCCAGGUGGCCGGCGUGCAGGAGAAUCUGGCCAUGCAGUUGCUGACUACUUGAAGUUCAAGGACCUGAUCCUCCGGAUGCUGGACUAUGACCCUAAGAGCCGCAUCCAGCCCUACUAUGCUCUGCAGCACAGCUUCUUCAAGAAGACUGCGGACGAGGGGACCAAUACGAGCAGCAGUGUGUCCACCAGCCCCGCGUUAGAGCAGUCCCAGUCUUCAGGAACCACCUCAAGCACCUCCUCUAGUUCAGGAGGAUCAUCUGGGACAAGUACUAGUGGCAGAGCAAGAUCAGACCCUACCCAUCACCACUUGCACAGUGGAGGACACUUUGGCACGGCCAUGCCUGCCAUCGAUGGUGACAGCCUCUGCCCACAGACAAGACAGCCUUACCCACCCCCACUGGUGUGGGGAGGUGGUGUUGGACCAGAAUCGGUCACUGGAGAGACCCACCCAGUUCAGGAGACCACCUUUCAUGUUCCCCCUCAGCACCCUAAGGCCCUGCAUCCCCACUCACACACUCACCACCAUCAUGGUCAGAUGAUGGCGACACGCCCGCGUCCGCGCCACUACACCUCUCCGACACACAGCUCCUCGACACAGGACUCCAUGGAGGUUGUUCAUGGCCACCUGUCCAUGACUUCCCUGUCUUCCUCUGCCUCCUCUUCCUCAACAUCAUCCUCUUCCACUGGGAACCAUGGCAACCAAGCCUACCAGCUCCGCCAUUUACCCGCUGGAGCCCUUGACUUUGGUCAGAAUGGUGGGCUGAGCAUGGGCCUAGGUGCCUUCUCGAACCCACGGCAGGAGACUGGAAUGGCAGCGCACCCUGCAUUCUCCAUGGGCACGAACACAGGGCCUGCCCACUAUCUAGCGGAAGGCCACUUGGGCAUGAGGCAAGGCAUGGACCGGGAGGAGUCUCCAAUGACUGGAGUGUGUGUGCAGCAGAGUUCUAUGGCCAGCUCGUGACUGCACUGACAUUUGGCUGUGUGUUCCCCCCUGUGCGUCAUUUUUAAGGUGGUGUUUUUUACUACAAGGUGUGUUGAGAACAACAGCUGCUCACGUCAGAAGAGAGAUAUCACUGAACCGCUACUACAGAGAAGAAAAAAAACCUUUGUUAAAAAGUAUAUAUGUAAUUUUUAUCAGUUUUUCUUUUGCAAUCAUUAGGCACAAAAUAAUACUGCGGAAUAACCAUAGUGAGAUUGAGCCAUCCAUCGUACCAUUUCACCAACUUCAUGUAACCACCAAGUAACCACCAUAUGGUAUUAUGUGGCAAAAUCUUCAAAGGAGCAUUUCAGAGCGAAGUUGGAAGCCGUUUUCACAGGUAGCUGUUGUUGAUGAAAUGCUCGACAUCCUUUUUCCGUUUGGACUGCCUGACAUUAAUGUUCCACAGGUUCUUAAUUAUUUUUGCCCUUUUAAGUGAAAUUUUCACAUAAAAGCUGCUUGUAAAUCCUGUAGCUUGACAAUGAGGGGAAAUGUUUGCGGUGAUAUUUCUUGUUGUUGGUCAGUUAUUGUGUAACUCUUGUCAAAGGGGAGCACAAGGCAGUGGAGUUCCAAUAGCGUGUGCUGGCCGGGCGGAGAGGAGACCCCACCCCAUCCCUUCUCUCCCCCCAUGGGUGGUUACUGACACCAAGCGGGUCAGAAGAGAAGGAAGCGCCACCACCCAACCCCCCCGACCUCGCCCAGGCCUCGAGGCCUCUGCACGCCCUGCGAGCUGCGACGGGCCCGGCACAGACGAGAGCAGCAAUGGGCACGGGAGACGAAAGGAUCCAGCCCGGUGAGGAGAAGACAGUCAGCGGCUGGUUCUUAGAUAACCCUUUGGCCUUAUGACUCAUGGACAUGGAAUGAGAUGGAGCUGGACAUUAUCAUUUGAAUUAAGAUGGCUUUUCUCUUUUUUGUUUUUUAUUUUAUUUUAUUUUUGUUUUGUUUGUUUUUUUAUUAUUUUUAUUUUCUCUAGACAGACCUUAAUUCUUUAAGGAAACAAACAAUUUAGAAAAGGUAAAAUAAGAAUGGUAAUUUGAGGCCUUUCUUGACAAAGAUUUCUCCUUCAGCAGGGCCCCACAUAACAGGGUCUUACUGUACACAUCCACCUCCUAAACACCUUGAAAUUGUAUUCACUGGUUAUAAAGGAUUUUGCAGUGGAAAGAACUACCCAGAGUCUAUCCACCCUUUUACAUUUGGUUCCUCCCCUCUCCCUUUGCAUGUAGUUCCACAUCAGAACCACCUGCACAAGUCUCUCCAUCCAAAACAUGGAAACUGAAGAAAAAAAAAAGAGUUAAGUGACUGCCUUUUUUCUCCUCAAAUUAUGCUGUGAAUUUUACAAGAAUUUAUUUUCCCUUUGGAUAUGUUUUAUACCAAAGCAGUUGUUUUAUAGCAUAUAGGUGUCUGUAACCAAUAAUGUAGCAGUUCACCACUUUGACGCAAAGUUUAUCAAGAUCUUAUUUUAACAUCAAUACAAACAGCUGCAAUAUAUUACUUUAGCAAAACUGGAGACCAUUGUCAAGACCGUUGGCUAUUGUGUAUUCUGGCCAGAUUUGUUUGCAAACAUUUUAUCAAAACUUGUUUCCAUAUUAAUUGGUAGAUUAUUUUGGGAGUCUUUAAAAAGAACAAAACUUUACUAUGUUUAGAGAAAUUGGUAGUUACUCUGCAGGCUCCGGAGUAGCAGGAUAGAUGCUGAUGGUUUAAAACGGAAAACAAAAAAAGGAAGAGGAGAGUAAUGCAUUCUAUUUGUUUUGUUUUUUUGCCCCCAUCAUACUAUUUCAAAGGGUUUUGCUGCCUUUCAUACAUCAUCUGGUCAAUGUGGCUAGUUUCUGCUGUGAAGCAAGACUUUGUCGCCUCGGCAGAGUGAGGAUCGUGGCACAUCGCUUGGUAUUGAAUGGUGUUCUUAUUGGAUAGGGGGAAAAUAGUCCAUCGGCCCACACACAUGCUUUGCUUAGGCAAACAUGCAUGUUCUCAAAAUAUUACUCAAUAAUGAAUUUUUAUAUAUAUAUAUAUCAGGGUUUUUGAAGUGCUUUCUGUCUUUUUCUUUCUGUUGCCCAGCUUUGAAAUUAGACAAACCUGCCCACAGUGAAUCUCUCUCUCUCUCUCUCUCUCUCUCUCUCUCUCUCUCUCUCUCUCUCUCUCUCUCUCUCUUUCCCCCCCAUGUAGAGGGGUGGGGUCAUAGGUCAUGCUGUAACCAUAACCCAAACCCUCAUUGGUAUUUCCACGAACAUAAACAUAAAGCUACCUAUAUUGAGAUUGGGGUUUAUCUGGAUGUCAAGGUUAAAUGCAAAUUUGCAAUCAUUCCCCUCCCACCCCCCCAAACACACACACACACCUCCACAGAAUUUGAAACAUUUAGAAAUUACCAGUGGUUUUAUUACAGGUACUCAUACUGGUACUAAACAUUCCAAAAGUAAAGACUGAAGAAGGGAAAAAAUAUUGCAGUGACUCGUAAGUGUGCGCCUAUUUCAGAUCAUGCUGAUUGACCUCUUAUUUAGAGCAGUUGUCAUGAAAUGCAGCCCCUUUUUAAUAGUUGAAAUAGAAUUUAUGUAUAUAUUUAUAUUUUUUUAAUAAAGGAAGUAUAGAACUCACUACCUUGCUCCUGCUGGUAUGUUGAUUAUGUUUGUCAAUUUGGUGACCAUUCAGUGGGCAGGAACUCCUGUUUUCUUAGUGGCAAAGCCUUGCCUUUUGGCAAAGGUACUUGACUACAUCAGGACAACACUAUGAGGUAGGGUUUGAAUCAAACAGGGAAAGCUAGAUCUUCAAACCUUAAUAAUUUUCACAGGGUAUAUUGUAAGUGCAUGUACAUCACAACAAACCUUACUUUUUGGUUCUACGAGAAGCACAUGGUUGAUUCAAAAAGGUUCCAUUUUUCCAUAAGGCCAUUAAGUUUGUGAAUUCCGCACGAACGUAUCUGAACACCCAACAGAAGUUGAAGUCCUCUUAUUUAAUUUGGAUUUAUCUUUCAUUUUUGAGUUCACAUUUUCACUCUUUGUUCCUUUUUUGUUUUGUUUUAAUUUUUUUUUUUUUCCUUUUCUUUUUGUACAUGCAACAUGCACUAUAGAAUUGAACAGCAUGGGGGAAAGGAUAAGUCCAUGUAUCCACAGAUUGUAAGAUCUAGUCAAGACUUUGCUGUGUUUAUGACAAUGCCCUUUGUAUUAUAUUAAGACAGUCUUAUGUAUGAUAUAUAAAAAGAAGUUACUUGAA